GUGCGUGCAUGUGCGUUACAAUAGUACGGGGACGAUAAUUUUUGGAUGCAUCUCGUCGUCUAUUUCCAGUUUGUGCACAUGUGUUCAACAUUUGUCCGACGUAUACACGAGUCGACCGUUUACACCAACUGAUCGCGAGUCUUUUAUAUUAAGUUUAAGCCGCCGCCGCCGCCGCCGUCGUCGUCGUCACCCGGAAUUCGAGGAGAGCCUCCUCAGACGCGAAACCUCCUCGAGGAUAUAGUUUAAUAGCGGACGACCAUGGACUACGCUACGCCGAUGAUCCUGCCACUGUUGCUGAUCACUACGAUUAUACCCGUAUUCGAAGGCUGUGACCAAAGUAGACAAGGUUGUCGAAUACAAGAAGGCCAAUGUCUCUGCGGCAAGGGUUGCUAUUCGGAAUACAGAUACAGCAAUUACGACGAAUGCUACAAAGCACUUAAAGGUCGUCGAUUCGAUUUCUGUGCACAAGGCCCAUGUAAUCAUAACGGAGUGUGCGUUCAAACUUCGCAGGAACCGGGAUAUAAGUGUAGAUGUGCGGGAACUGGAUAUUACGGAUCUAGAUGCGAAACAAAAUGUUACGGCCAGAAUACAACUACGAAGCAGGAAGUACCGUUUGAAUGUAUCGUUAUCUAACUGCAGCAAGAUUUAUUUUUAUUUUUACAUUUUAUAAACAAUUUUAUAAUAUCACAUCA